AUGAGCGCAUUCAGUUCUUCCAAGAGAACCAGAGAUGAAUUUGAAGCCGAUAAUGGGACGUUUUCGAGCGAAGCACCCAUAGAUACUAAGAAACAACAUAUGGAUCCAACAAAAGAACUUAUCUCAAACGUGUGCAAGGAUGUUAGAAGAAUAGGUGAAAAUGCUAAUUUGGCUACACAGAUCGAUGACAUAUCGUAUAUCUCUAAUCCUAUCGUGGCCGAGUUCGAAAAGAUCGAUAAUUUAAGGGUAUCUAUUUUGAACACUUUCUAUGCAUUGGUUAUUGAGCAGCCACAGAAGAUCACAUCUUUGGGGAACUUGGUACUCAUAUGUAAUUCAAAGAACUUUGUGGUGGCAAAGUACGUGGUUGAGUUUUUCCAUGCUAAGGUUCAAGUAAUGUUGGAUAGCGUGAGACAUCGUGAUGUUGAUAAUGGAGAAACCAAUGCUUUGAAUGGAGAUAGGCACGACGAAGACGCUGGGGCUUUCAACAACAUUAAGUCAGUAUUGAAAUUUCUCGCUACGUUAUCUCCUCUAAUUGAAGACUUUUCUAUAAUUAAAGUGUUCAAGCAAUUCUUAGAAUUGGCCAUUCAAUUACAAGAGUCAACAGCAGAGAAGAGAAACGGAACAGCUGAGGAGAUAUAUUUCAACACUUUGAUUGCUUUGCCAUAUUUAUUCUGUAAUGAUUUUUCGGCAGAGAUGAUCAAUAAUGUCAAUGACUUGAUUGAAAUUUCGAAAGCAUUUAACAUCGUUCAUACUUCAUCAAACCUACUCCUUCAAGCGUUUGAUGGAAAGCUUGGUAAUUAUGAUAUACCUUAUGAACCCAAGCAAAUGAUAGAUUUAAUAUUACCAUCCUUGCUCGUACUUCAAGGGCCUGAGAAGGAUUGGAGUGGAUUAAAAGAUAAAAUAUUUCUUGACUGUUCGGAGCUUCUUCGCCCAAUCAUCGAAGUAGCUUUGAAGAACAACCCUAUUUCGAGUGAAUUGGUUAAACACAAGUUGCCCCAAUUCUCGUUACCAACCAUUGAGGAUCUCAAGGAAUAUACCCCGAAGGGAAAGAUCGACGAAUUGUGGUACAACAACUCUCGAUUGCUCUUCCAAGUAUACAAUUCUACAGAAUUUGAAACUGUGCCUAAGAUUGAUUCAUAUUUUGGCUUAUUUUUCAAAGAUCUAGCAUUUGAUAUCUUGACUAAUUUGUCCUUUAACAAAAAUGAGACGUCCAUUCAAUUGUCCAUUUUAGAUCUUUAUUUCAAUAAAGAUUUAUUUGCACCCCCGGGAUCUUCAAUUGAUCAGCUUUCAUUGAUUGACAAGGACAACAAGGCUGGCGAGAAUGUACCUCCAUUAUCAACAUGGAAGAUUGAAGAUAUAGCUGUGGAGAGUAUUUUAACAAUGAUUUUUCAAUUGCCAAACCCAUUACAUCACGAGAUUUAUUACUACACGGUUUUAAUUGCGUGCUGUAGGGAAUCUCCCGAAUCUAUUGCUCCAGUGUUCGGACGUGCCAUCAGAUAUCUCUAUAAAAACUUAGAAACAUUAGAUUAUGAAUUAAAAAUAAGAUUCUUGGAUUGGAUGACAACACAAAUCUCGAAUUUUGAAUUCAGCUGGAAAUGGGAUGAAUGGAUAGGUGACUCUAAACAUCUCAAGAAUUUAACAUAUCACCCCAAAAAGAGCUUCAUUAGGAAUUUAAUUGCAAAAGAAGUUAGAUUAUCAAAUAAGAACAGAAUUAAGGAAAGUUUUGUUAGUGUUAACCCCGAGUCUAAUGAAGUUGAGUUACUUGAUGAAUUCUAUCAAUAUUUAAAUAUUUCCCUAUUUGAGGACGAGACCAAACGCUUAACUGAAUACGAUGUGGAUCUAUACGGCGGUGAUAGUAAAGAAAUUAUUGAGAAGAUUCAUACCGAAAAAGCAUCUGCAUUACAGGCGAAAUCAAACGUGUCUCCUCAAGACGAACUAACUUACAUUUUUUCGAACUCAGACCUUCCCCUUAAUGAUCUAGCGACGAAAGUUUAUGAAUUUAUAGUCGCCAGCUGGAAGCCUAAUGCUGAAUUCAAUGAAUUUUAUAAGGAUGUGUUGACAACUUUGAAAGAACAUUCCGAAAUCAAUGCUGAGAGGUUCAUGAUUAAUCUAUUCUUUCAAACUUAUGCUUAUAUUGGUUCUCGUUCGAUUUAUUCUGCUGUUAGUAUUCUUUCAAGAGACAAAAAGAAGUUGAAAUUCUUGAGUGGAGCUACAGUUGAUUACACAGGUGAAGAGCCUCGAUUUGAUGACUUGCAACUUACUGAGGAAGAUAUUUCGCUGAGACAGAACUGGAUCAUAGAAUCUAUUUUCAGAAUAUGGGCACACCAGCCCCAAGUGAUCUUUUUAUUCCUAGAGUACUUGAUUGAGUUCGAAAUUUUAGAUCCAAAGUAUCUUAUCACGAAGUCUAUUGACAUGAACAAUAAUUUGAUUAUUAAGAAUGUUUCAUGUAUGGAAUCCAUUAAUAGAACCUUGCAGAAUUUCUUUGACCUGGAUAAAUUUGAAAUUUUGAUAUUGACUUUGUUCAAGUCUAUCAUACGGAAUUUAAAUUCUAUAUCUCAGAGCUUAAAUGUUCCAAAUGAAGAUAAAGUGGUUAUAUUGAAAGAUUUCCCUAGUGAUGACCUUGAAGUAACUAGCCAAGUCGAUAAUGAAUGGCUCUUUUACGAAUAUAAAGGUUUAUUGAAGACGUAUUUAAGAAAAUUCAUUAAAAAUCACAAACCAAGUUAUAUUGAUACCAUCAGAGAUUUAUUCAAUGAGGUUGAAAACGAACCAGCUAAGAACGAGAUCUUGACAUGGUUCAAUGAACUCUAG